CAAGUCCUCCGUCACGUGAUUACCCCCACCCUUGCUGAAGUCUCCCCACUUCUGACAUACCCGAAACGAUUAGUGCACUACCUUACAUCAGAAUGUACAACUUUGGAUACUCUGUCGAUACAUAAGUGUCAAAUGAUAAUUCAUAAUGGAUGGAGUUUCUGAAGUAUUAAGAUGGCAUCCCGGAUUGGCUUUAGUUUCUGAAUCUCCAUUUACAUGGGAUGGGUUACUGAAUAUUCCAUGGGAUAUUGGGGGAAAUCAGUGUACAAGAAUACGGAUAAAAUUCAUCGUACCAGAAUAUCCAUACUUGAAUGAUGCAAAAUUAUAUUUUGGACCUGAUGUAACUCUCUUACAUCAUAGAAAAUUCGAUGCAACUGUUCAAAGUUUGCUUCGAAGUGCAUCUACAGUAUCCUCAUUCUUAAGACAAUUGCAAAUGCAUGCUUGCCAUAUAAUUAAAACAAAGUCUGGUAUUUGCCAUGGAACUACUGCACAUACAGGAAAAGGAAUGCUUGACGAUUUGAAAAAUGCAUUAAACACGCCAAGUGAUGUUCAACUUUCUUCAAACAGCAACUUAGACCUUAUUAAGCUCACAUUAAAAGAUGUUUCAAUUGUGAUACGCAGAAACAGCAAUUCUAUAAAUCCUUGGGAAAUAGUUACAUCAUACUUACCUGAAAUACCUGGAGUUGAACCACUGGGGAAAAAUGUUUCCUCUUUGCUUGACAUAAGAAAGAAAUUCCAAAUGCAUGUUCAACUAUUAGAAAAAACUUGGCAUACAUUGUUUCUGAUAGACAGAAAUUUUCAUGUGAUUGAUCCAUUGGAACCAAAACAUCAUCAUUUCUAUCGACGUAUUUACUUGUCUCAGAUUUUAUCCGUACUCAUAACAAUUGAUCCAUUGCAUCCAAAUGAGCACCCACAUAUCAAGCUUAUGGGUUGCAAUACAGAAACAGAAAAGUAUACAGAAAUUAUAUCAAAGAAUUUAGAAAACUGGGAUCCAGAAAAUGAUAUAAUUCAAAAUCUUCUAUCUUUACUAAACUUGACUGAGUUUCCACAACCACCGAUAGAUGAUAAUAAAGAUAAAGGUGGUAUAGUCAAUGAUGACGAAUGUUGUAUUUGUUUCUCAUAUGAGUUGGACAAUGAACAAGCCCCAGAGAAAAUAUGUGACAACAGAAAAUGUAAAAGAAGAUUUCAUACUUUGUGCCUUCGAACGUGGUUACAAGGCGUUGCUGGAAAUGAGAUAGUAUUUGAUCAUAUUUGUGGUAAAUGUCCAAAUUGUGGAGAAAAUAUAUCAUGCUCAAUCCCUUGUUAUUGAUUAUCUACAGAAUCAACUAUGUAUUAAAAUCUUGUUAUUGCUAUGUUUAAAUGAAUAAAGACAUACUUCUAUUAAUUUAA